CUGUGUUUUGAUUGAUGCAGGUGUCAAAAUCAUUGAAAAUAACAGAAACUUGUUGUUAAAUGUACAAAAUCGAAUAAACCUGUCGAUAGACAAUAUUACUUAAUUAAAAUUUCAUUGUAUUAUAUUUUGAAUCGGAAAACCGACACAUAUUAUUGCUAUAAUUAUUUUUUUUACUUAUAUUUUAUAAGUAGGAGAUUGGCAAAGUGGCAAAAGUAAAAGUGAAUAAAUCUGUUAAUGGAUUUUUGUAGCACUUGUACAUGAUGGUUGUGGUAUAAUUUAUAUAUAAAGAGUGUUAGGGAGACCUCGUGCCGUGUUUGGAUUCUUUAAAACACUACAAAAAUGGGUGAAAAAUCUGGCAACAAAACAAAAAUACGUCGAUGUAUGGAAUGGUUGCAACAACAGAAUAAUGAAGACACGGAGAAGUUAUCAUUGGGGAAUAAGAAUGAUAUACAGUUUAUUAUACAAACUCACGCUGCGAGGAAGAAUUUUUUGCUGGCUGUGGCUGAAGAUGAUGCCACUGUGCCUAAUGGUGUCAACGAAUCUAUUUUAGAACCUAAACCAGUGAACCGUUACAGACUGCGUGACACCAACUUGCAAAUGGAAUGUGAAUGGCCGUCAUGUAAGAAGAUAUUCACGGACUAUGAGGUAUAUCAGAAACAUGUUAGGAAGCACGCUACAGAUAUGCAUGUUAUUGAAAAACAAUCCAGUGCUGAAUUGGUCUGCCUUUGGGAUGUUUGCGGUCAUACAGCAUCGGACUUCAAUGAAAUGAUUCGUCAUAUGAACUACCAUGCUUACCAUGGCAAGUUGUUGGCCAUAGGUUUCAAUGGAAGGACUACCCUUAAGCUGGAGCGCUGUAAGAAAGACUCAAGUAAACGCAAUCAGAUACCUGCGCAAAUUAGUGAUUAUACUUGUAUGUGGAUUAAGUGUGAUAUGAAAUUUACUGCGAUACAGACAUUCAUAGACCACGUAAAUCUUCAUGCAAGUUACUCGGAAGACCACUUGUGUUCGUGGGCUGGUUGUGGCGCGAAGUUUCCUAGGAGGUCUUUACUAAUGGCUCAUGUGAGGAGUCACACAGGGGAGCGCUUAAUUGCCUGCUACCACUGCGGACACCACUUCGCUAAUAAUCGGAAGCUUUCUGAUCAUUUAAGAAGACAGAAUGUAAGCCAGAAUUCUAUAUUUAUAUGUGAGCUAUGUGGUACUAGAUGUGCUACGGAGUAUUUACUAGCAGAACAUACAAGGGGUCAUAUAUCCAUAUAUGCCUGUACUCUCUGCGAUAUGUCGGCCACAUCACCCGCAGCGCUCGCCAACCAUGUACGCUACCGCCAUCUGUCGGGGAAGGACACCAGAACCCACGCGUGUCCCCAUUGUCCUUAUAAAGCAAUAACAAGAUGGGAUCUCCGUCAGCAUAUAAAGACACAUAAGAAGAAAAAGAAAAAGGUUAAAUCAAAGAAGAUUAAAUCCGAAGCAAGUUCGGAUAAAGAAAUUUCGUCUGACAAAGAAGAAUCGUCAGACAGAGAUGGGGAUUCCGAGUCAGAUUCAGACAGUAAGAAAAGGAAAGUUAGCAGAUCAGCGAGGAAGUAUGUAUGUCAUAUGUGUUCAGAAAAAGAUAUGAAAAUAUUUACAAGAGGGAACUCUUUAACGACGCAUUUGGUGAAGGAACACGGUGCACAAUGGUCCUUUGGACAUAGCAGAUUUAGAUACCAAUUAUGCGAGGACGGCAUGUACAGGCUAACAACUACACGAUACGAGUCUUUAGAAGUAUCAAAAAAGAUUAUGGAUGGAUACACGAGUCCGAAGAAAAUUGUCCUAGCCAACAUGAACUUUAAGUUGAAGCAAGUAGCCGACGCUACGGCAACCACACCGAAAAGUUUCGAGAUCACAUUGAAGAAUGAUGAUAUUAAAACUGAUGAUGAAAUGGAAGUUGACACAAAACCUAUCCCUGAUGAUAAUGUGGAGAUAACAAUGUAUGAUGUAGAUGAACAUGGUAACAUCAUCAGCACUGAGCUGAUCAAUUCCGUUAUACCCAAGCUGGAGAAGGAGGUUUGAUACUGUAUUAUACUUUGUAUAUUAUGUUUUUGCCAUUUUAAAUUAAUUAUGUUUAAAAAUUUAUUAAAGUAAUUGUUUGACGAGGCAAUUCGACAAAUUUCAAGCCACUCCUAGAGCUGAUAUUACUCGGGUUGUGUGUCGCUCGAUAAAUAUGAGCCCCAGCGUGACUUGUAACUAGACGAGCUUACUCGUCAGACAGUUACGAGUAUAAGUAGUAAUUUAAUGUUUAUUAUUAUUUAUUGUAUUUGUCUUUUUUUAAAUAGUAUCUAUCGUGAGACUUCUAAAUGUAUUGAAAAUAAUAACUUACUCACGGGAAUUAACUGAGAAAAACUCUAGUUUGCUCUUUUAGAAUUUGCCUUAUAGCUAUGUUGUAUGAUAUGUUGAUAGGAAUUGCAAUAAUUGAUAUUUGUAACGAUAUGCUUUCCUUAUGACUAUGUCUGAGGCGUUGCGGGGUAAGCGUAAUGAGGCACCGCGGCCUCGGCCCAAAGCAGGAGAAGGAAC